GAGGAUCUCUGUGUGUGUGAGCACAGUUUUUACGUCUUGGUUUUCAUUCAGUGGAUGCUCAGUGGCCCUUGAACAGCUUGGAUUUAACUGUUGACCGGCUGGCUAACAGGUGGCGCUUGGGGAAACAGAGAGCUCUGUGUGGAGUGCUGCUGCACGCUCAAACACUUGGAGAACUGUUGCAGGAGCCAGCAGCAUGUUGAGGAUCCAGACGUGGUCGCUUCUCCUGGUUCUCUGCGCUGGGAGCUUGGAUGCCUGGUUGUGGUUCUCAAGUCCAGAAGCCACCUCAGAGGCCCCGGCGGAGACAACGACAGUGGGAAGGACAGGUGCCAACGUGACAUCCAAUGGCACUCAGAAGAAUGAAGAGGAGGAGGAUGACAACUUGUCCGGGCUUGGGGAAGAAAUCCUCAACGUGGCCACAGGAAUCCAUAAGUUUGUCAAGGCGUGGGACGUGACCCCGACCGCGACCGCGACCGCGACCGCGACCGCCAGGACUACUAACGGAGGCCUGACAGAGAAGGUGGAGAGCGCUAACCCAAACACGACGGAGGAGGACGGCAUCUCUUUGCUCCAGCUGAUCGGAGACCCUCCACCAGAUGACAUCACCAGGGUCUACGGGCCAGGGGGGGGGACCGCCUACGUCUUCAACCGGGCAGCGGUGUCGGGCCAGCCGGCUCUAGCCCACAUCCCCAACCCUUUCCACCGCCACUUCUCCCUCCUCUUCCACAUCAAGCCCACCACGCCCGCCGCCUCCGUCCUCUUCUCCAUCACCGACGGGUCUCAGAAGAUCAUGUACAUCGGCGUCAAGCUCAGUGCGUGGCGGUCCGGCCGUCAGAGCGUGCAGUUCUUCUACACCGAGCCCGACUCCGACACUUCGUAUCUGGCGGCCAGCUUUGACGUGCCGAGCAUGGUGGACAACUGGAGUCGCUUCGCGCUGUCGGUCUUCGAUGAGCAGGUCACCUUCUACCAGGGCUGCGACUCCGAGCCACAGGUGGUGAAGUUUGAGCGUUCCCCGGAUCCCAUGGAGCUCGACACGGGGGCGGGGAUCUUUGUGGGGCAGGCAGGAGGAGCCGACGCUGACAAGUUCGAGGGCGAGAUUGCAGAUCUGAAAGUGGUGGGAAACCAUCGGGCAGCUGAGCGUCUGUGUGACGACGAGGACGACUCUGACGCUGCCUCUGGGGACUAUGGCAGUGGGGAAGGCGACAGGACGGGACACACCGUGAAGACCACGCCUACUUCCUUGCGGCCGGUACCUGCCCCCCCUCUGAUAUCCUCAGAGGGAACCAGACUCAAAGAAACAGGUGCCGACGGUGCUAAAGGUGAGAAAGGUGACAGAGGAUCGCAAGGCUCAACGGGGGACAGGGGCCCUGCAGGGCCGAAGGGAGAUUCCGGCUCCAGCUCCGGCUCCUCCGGCUCCAGCUCCGGCUCCUCCGGCUCCAGCUCUGGCUCCUCCUCUCAGGGUGACGCACAGAAGGGAGAUAAAGGUGUAAAGGGCAGUUCCGGCUUCGGAUACUCUGGCAAUAAAGGAGAGCGUGGGUCUCAGGGGCCUCCCGGGCUCCCUGGUCCCCCCGGUCCUGCAGCCGAGGUGGUUCGACUCGGGGACGGCUCCGUCGUGCAGCAGGUGUCUGGACCCCCCGGACCGACGGGACCAGCGGGGUCAAAUGGGGCUGCAGGACCUGCAGGAACCGAUGGAGAGCCUGGAGAUCCAGGAGAGGAUGGGAAAGCUGGUCCCGCUGGGCCUCAAGGUUCCCCAGGAAACCCAGGAACUGCUGGUGCUAAAGGCCAAAAGGGUGAGCUUGGUGACGGUCAACCAGGACCCAGAGGCCCCCCGGGUCCACCGGGCCUUCCUGGCGCUGGCACCGGGGACCGCCCGACGUUCUUUGACAUGGAGGGCUCAGGAUUCCCAGACGUGAACAAAAUCCGGGGUGCCAGCGGUCCUCCGGGUCUCCCAGGACCUCCCGGUCCUCCUGGGAUCUCGGUGGCACUCGGGGAAAAUGGCCCCGUAGCUUUCGGACCUCCUGGACCGCCUGGACAGGACGGAAUCCCCGGCCUGCCGGGCCCUCCUGGUCCCUCUGGCAGACCGGGUCAACCAGGUUCUGGAGGAGUCAAAGGUGACGGUGGUGAUCUCGGUCUUCCGGGAGCAGCUGGAGAAAAGCAAAUUUCGCAAGACUCCAACUUUUUCACGGGCCUGUUUUCUUACUUUGCUCCAUCCUCUACGGGUGCUCAGGGUGACCUUGGACAGACGGGUAUAUCAGGAGAGAGUGGGCUGGCAGGGCUUCCAGGUCCCAUGGGACCCGUUGGACCUGCCGGACCCCCUGGGCCACCGGGGCCUUCGUACCGCGGGGGUUAUGGUAACCAGGGUGAUUACGAGGUGAACAACGGCUCACCUGGACUCAACGGCCCACCUGGACCUCAGGGUCCACCUGGUAUUGCAGGUCUACCUGGUAAGUCCGGUUUGCCAGGUAAUUAUGGAGACAAAGGAUCGGAGGGACCACGAGGACAUCCCGGGAUACCAGGUCUCGACGGGUUCCCCGGACAGUCGGGUGAAAAGGGAGACAAAGGACUGAGAGGAGAUUUGGGUCUGCCAGGGCGAGAUGGCGGGCCACCUGGACCUCCAGGGCCUCCCGGACCUCCAGGACAAGUCACCCACCAGACAAGCGAUUCUAAUGAAGUAUAUUGGAACGAAGGGUGGCAGGGAGGAGUCAGUAUUCCGGGUCGAGCAGGAUUCCCAGGGCCCUCUGGACCAAAAGGCGAAAGGGGAGACUCAGGUCUUCCAGGAUAUGCAGCUAAAGGGGAGAAAGGCGAGCCGGGCGUCAUCAUGGGGUCUGACGGGAGACCGCAGUACAUCGGUGGUCUGGGAGGACAGCCGGGCGACAGUGGACCCCCCGGUCCUGUGGGACCUCCUGGUCCUUAUGGUACUGAAGGCCAAAAGGGAGAGAUCGGGUUUCCAGGUAGACCGGGGCGACCGGGCCUGAACGGCGCCAGAGGGGAGAAGGGAGACUCGAGCUCUGGAUAUGGAGCUGGUUACCCCGGCGCUCCAGGUGCACCGGGCCCCCCUGGACCUCCCGGACCUUCUUUUCCUAUCGAUACGCGCACAGGAUUGGACGAUUAUUCCAGACAUUAUCCUGCGGUUAAAGGAGAGAAAGGGGAUCGUGGACCAUCAGGCACACUUGAUAUCUCAGGAGCCGGGUCCACCUUGGACAUCUACACGUUACGGAAUGAGUUGAAAGGUGAAACGGGCAGUCCGGGCUUCAAAGGAGAGAAAGGAGAACCGGCCGGAGGAUAUUAUGACCCCCGAUAUGGAGGGAGCGGAACCGGAGUGCCUGGACCUCCUGGCCCAAGAGGCGACUCCAUCGUUGGCCCUCCAGGACCUGAGGGGCCCUCUGGUCAACCAGGAAGAGGCUAUGAUGGUCAAGCUGGACCACCAGGGCCGCCCGGACCUCCAGGAGAAUCCAUACCUGGAUCUUACAGAGGCACACAGACUAUCAAUAUUCCUGGACCCCCGGGACCACCUGGAGUGCCUGGAAUACCUGGACACUCCUCAGGGGUGACAGUGUUGAGGUCUUAUGAUACCAUGGCAGCCACCGCUAGAAGACAACCUGAGGGCUCUCUGGUGUACGUUAUGGAUCAAACGGAUCUUUACUUACGGGUCCGAGGUGGAAUUCGUCAGGUCCAGCUCGGGAGCUACAUUGCGUUGCCCAUUGAGGAUGGUAAUGAGGUUGCAGCUGUGGAGCCCCCACCAGUCGUGCCUUUCUACCCAGACCACCACACCAACACCAACACCGACACACACGACUCCCACAGGCCAGCUGAGAGUCCGGUGCACCCUGACUCUGGCCAUCAAUCACGCCCGGAGCCGCACCACCCGACACACCAGGACCCUCAGUACCCGUCGAACCCUGACCCCAGAUACCCAACCCACCCUGAUCCCAGAUACCCAACCCACCCUGAUCCCAGAUACCCAACCCACCCUGACCCCAGAUACCCAACCCACCCCGACCCCAGAUACCAACCUGACCCACGGUAUCAGCCGGACCCUCGGGUCCCAGCACCCACAGAUCCCAGGUUUCCAAGUUACUCAGACCGGUUAAAUCAACCAGACGGUAGGUUUUCUGUCAAUACGGCCCAGGAACACCCUGCGUACCCGGACACCCGCUACCCAGUCACUCCUCAACGAAGACCACCUCCUCCUGUGCCCCAGACUCCGGUCCACCAUCAUUCCUCAGGUCCAGGGCUCCACAUCAUCGCCCUGAACAGCCCUCACAGCGGCGCCAUGCGUGGCAUCCGCGGCGCCGACUACCUGUGCUUCACUCAGGCUCAGGCCAUCGGGAUGAAGGGAACUUUCCGGGCCUUCCUGUCCGCCAAACUCCAGGAUCUGCACAGCAUCGUCCGAAGGGCCGACAGGGACCGCAUGCCAAUAGUCAACCUGAAGGACGAGGUUCUGUUUGACAGCUGGGAUGCUCUCUUCAAUGACGGCAGGAUGAAGGACAACGUGCCGAUCUACUCCUUUGAUGGCAAAGAUGUUCUCAGUGACAGCACAUGGCCAGAGAAGAUGAUGUGGCACGGGUCAACGGUCUCCGGGCAGGGGCAUGUCGACAGCUUCUGCGAGGGGUGGCGUGUGGGUGACCGCGCGCUGACCGGCAUGGCUUCGUCGCUGCAGAACGGCAAUCUGCUCCAGCAGAGCUCCAGCAGCUGCUCCAGCUCAUACGUCGUGCUGUGCAUCGAGAACAGCUACAUCACCCACGCCAAGAGAUAGACGCACACAUACAUGCACACACACACACACACACACACACACACACACACACACACACGACACUGGACAAAUCCCAACGCAGUCAGCCAUGCCUUUGUCCACACGUACUUUCCUGUCUAUUGUAAAUAAGUGUUUUUCUUAUGAAUAAUUACUUUAUGUUUGUUAACCACUCCUAUAUGGUGCUAUACAGGAUUAUCCCACGUGUUGAACCUCAGUUGAGCUCAGGAUACUUACAGUAACACACCUGCCGGCAGCCAUAUUGGACACAAAUAUGGAGAAAUAUAAUGGUAACACACUAGAGCCACAUGUUGAGGCUAAUUCUAGAAAGACAAGACAUUUUUAACAAAUACAUCUAGCAAGAUUUGUCACACAGCAAACCCUCUCACUCUCCAUAUGUCCAUAAAAGGGAAAUCAUACGUACUGUGAUCAUACGUAGAAGUUACGUCUGAACGACUACAAAGAAUGGUGUAAGUGAGGAAGUCGUUCUCGUCUUCCUGUCUGCCAAGAAUCUUUCAAAUAUCAACUUACCAUAUUUACAACUCAAGUACGAGAGCGGUGUUAAUAAUGUUUCCAAACAAGGUGGUUUAAAAAAUGUACUUUUUAUAUACAGUGUAGGUCGGUGCUGGAGUGGAAAAUGGAGUAAUUUGUAAUACUCGGUUGAGUUUUGGUGCAGUCAUCAACACAUUUCAGCGUCCAAGAGCAAGAUAAACACGAGUUAUUGUUUAGGAAAUGUGUGUUUUUAACUUCUAUUUCUUUACACUGAUGUUAUCUGUAACCCAUAGCACUUCAGUAAUAGCUUUUUUUAUGUUGUGACUGUCCUACAUGGGAAGAUGUUUUCAAAUCAUAUUUUUAGCAGUAACAAAGGGAUAUUUAUUUUUUAUAAACCGUGCAUUUUCUAGUAUAAUGUGUGACGUGAAUGCUUUCACAAAGAAUAAUAACAUUUCCAUAUAUAUCCAGCAAAUGUGCAAACACUACACAAGGGUGUGUAAUGCUUCUCUGAUUUAAAGUUUGUGCACAAAGCAAGCAAACUAAUUUGCGUCCACAUAUCUGGAUAGGAUUCAGCCAUAAGUGUUUGUCGAUGCACUGUUGCUUUUUAUUUGUUUAUUCCAGAACAGUAAAUGCACUGCAGCUAGCUUACAGUGGAGACGAUGCAAUCACGACAGUGAAACUUCAAACGUCUAUAAGUGGAGAAUAUAGAGACAUUUUCAUGUGCCAUAACAAAUGCAGUAAGAUUUGUAUUAUCUGUUUUUCUCCUUGUGUGUGUGAGCAACAUUUUUAAAAUGCUGCAUCUCAUUGAAUAAACCUGUGUGGAAAUUGUGA